AUGUCCUCUGCUCAUGAUGCCACCACCAAGAUCUCCAUUGACAAGUUCGACGGCGACAACUACGCGACAUGGAGCCGCUACAUGCGUGGCGUGUUCCUGACUAAGUCGGCGUGGCACGCUGUGAACCGGGAGACCUCGCCGACCUACGCGGACGAUCGCGCCAUGGACGACUACGUCAAGGCCAACAACAUCGCUUUCGGACUGACGUUGCUGCACAUGGACGCAGACUACCAUCACAUCGUCGAUGACUGUGAAGAGGCGUGGGUCGCGUGGGCGCUUUUAAAGAUGCUGUACGGCGGAUCGCAGAAGGCUGGACGCAUCUACUUGAAGCGCCAGCUGUUCAGCAUGGAGAUGGAGGAAGGCGGCAAUGUGAUGCAUCAUUGCAACGAAGUCCUCAACAUCAGCGCGAAGCUCAGCAGCAUCGGCGCCAAGAUGGAGGACGAGGACGUGGCGAUCUGCUUGUUGCGCAGCCUCCCCAAGAGCUACGAGAACGUCGUUCUCAACUUGGAGAUGAGCAGCGCGGAACUGCGAUCGCGAGACGUCGUGAGAGUGCUCACGAAUGAGCACAUCAAGAGGCAAGGUGACAAGACGACAUCGGUGAAGACUGAAGACGCGGCGAAGGCGUUCAGUGCCGAGCGUGAACCUCGCCAGUGUACAUACUGCGGAAAAUUGGGGCACACGGCGGAGCGGUGCUGGACCAAGCAGAAGGACGAAAAUCAAGGUGGAGCUCGACGCGGCGGCAACAAUGCUCGUGGACGCGGAGCCAACAACGUUCAGUGGCGAACCAACAGCAACUACGAUGACAACUACGAUCGAGUUGCGUUCGCGGUUUCGCUGGAGGCUGGACUUUCGACGGGCAAGAAUAUGCCAGGGAUGUGGGCAGUCGACAGCGGUGCGACGCAUCACAUCUGCAACGACAAGGCCAAGUUUGCAAGCCUGAAUGAGCGAGAGGAAGGCGAACUAUCAGUGGCUGAUGGCAGCAAGGCUGCGAUCAAGGGUGUGGGAACCAUCAUGGAACGGGUGGUUCUGCCCAAUGGUGACGAACGCGACAUCGAGAUCAAGGACGCACUGUUCGUACCAAGUAUGAGCAAGAAUCUGCUUUCGGUGCCACAGAUCAACAAGGGUGGCAGGUUCCAAGUCGUGUUCGAUGGGUCCAAGAUGCAAGCGAAGCGCAAGAAUUCCACACAAGUCGUGGCAACAGCGGAUCUCGUCGAUGGACUUUACUGGCUGUGGACUCCUCAACGAUCGGCAAAUGCAGCAACACGCAAUGGGACUAUCGACUUGCAUGCGCGCAUGGAUCAUGCACCCCUCGAAGUUCUGCGCAAGAUGGUGGCCACUGGCAUGAUCAAGGACGCCAAGGCACCUCUCGACUCGACUGGUCCAAGUGUGUGUCGCGGUUGCCAGCAAGGAAAGAUGGUCCAAAAACCAUUCCCAACCAACCGUGACAAACACCAAUAUGGUGUGUUCGAGUUGCUGCACGUCGACAUCUGCGGGCCAAUGGAACAAGUCUCGAUCGGCGGCAGCAGAUACUUACUGUUUGUGGUUGACGAAGCCAGCGGUUGCAUGAAAGGCUUCUGUCUGCGGUCCAAGUCUGAGAGUGAAGACUGUAUCAAGAACCACAUUAUCAAGAUUCAAACUCAGUUCGGCACGAAGAUCAAGUUUGUUCGGCACGAUGGAGCGCAUGAGUUUGCGACCAACUCCAUCAAGACCUUCUACGAAGAUCAUGGUAUCGAGCAACAACAGAUCACGGUGCCGUAUGCACACCAGACCAACGGCACCGCAGAACGCGCGAUAAGGACCAUCGUCACGAUCGGACGCAGCUUGUUGCAUCAUGCAAAGCUGGAGAAGUGUUUCUGGGCUGAAGCGGCAAUGACGGCGAUCUACAUCAAGAACCGCCUGCCUUCACCCAAGAUCGACCACAAGACUCCGGUCGAGAUCGUGUACAAGUCGAAACCAAGUGUCAAGCACAUGCGCGUGUUUGGAUGUCGGGCGUUUAUCCUGACACCAAGGGAGAAGCGAUUGAAGUGGGACCCGAAGGCUCGUGAAGGGAUGUUCAUGGGCUACGAAGAAGCGUCAAAAGCUUAUCGAGUGUACGACAUUGAGGCGGGCCAAGUGGUGAUCAGUCGUGACAUCACCUUCGACGAAUCGACUUUUGACUUUUCGAUGGACCGACCAAGUGACGAUGAUGAAGAUGCGGAGUUGGACCUCGACCUCCUAGCGAUCAACGAGGACAACGUGCGUCAAACCGUCUACAAGCAGACUGGCAAGCGCAAGAGUGAAGCAAGACCCGGCAUGUCACGUUCAGCUCGCCCUCGAACUGGGUUGGAACAAGCAAGUGCGCCGGAACACGUCUCCAACCGUCACCAGAAACGACGAUCAAGUGCUCCAGAAACGAUGUCUGAUGACGAAGAAGAUGCGAGCGUCUACGAUCGAGAUGACGACUCGACGCCUCCAACAUUUUGGCUUGCAAGUGCAAACGCAGUGGAAGCAACGGGCCUAGCAGAACCUGUGACUUUUCAAGACGCGAUCAAUGGUCCUGAUCAAGCUCAAUGGCGAAAUGCUGUGAAGGCGGAACUCAAGUCGAUGCAUCUUCGUGGAGUUUUCCGUGCGACAAAACUGCCAAGAGGCCAAGGCGCGAUCUGUUGCAUUGUAGAUCGGAGCGAGGAAAGCGGAGCAAACGGAGCGGAGAGACCGAAGAGAGUAGAGCAGAAAACACUUGCCCAAUAG